AUGGCUCCUCCUCCUCCCGCGACCUUGCCUCUGGCCGAGAGGCUGAAGGCUCUGGCCCAGACCCUCCAGUUUGCCUGGUUUGUUGGCCACCUCACCCUGCUCCUCUCCGUCUUUCGCUAUACCCUGUCCUUCAUCUUCUUCAACUACUACUCUUCCGCGGCCCGAAUCUCGUACCGCCUGGCCUUCAUCUCUGCUGCCGUGACCUAUGGAAUUGUCGUUUACAAGGGCCACUUCGCCCGGGGUGUCUCGGGCAGUGUGCCUCAGAUUGUGACCAAGCUCAUCUCUGAUGAGAACGUGCAGUACCUGGGAAUGGCUCUUGUCUGGCUGUACUCCCGCCAGCUCAUUCUCGCUCUCCUCCCCUUCAGCGUCUACUCCGUCUUCCACGUUGCGACUUACACUCGCAUGUACCUGAUCCCGACCCUGCAGCCCCCAGCUCCCGGUGCCGCGAGCCCCGCUUCGCCCACCUCCGGCUCCAAGCCCGCCGGCAAGCAGAACCCCCUCGCCGAGACCAUUGGCCGCUUCAUCAAGCAGUACUACGAUGCCAGCAUGGGUGUCGUCGCCACUCUUGAGAUCCUGCUCCUCCUCCGCCUCGUCCUGUCCGCUAUCACCUUCUCCAAGGGUAGCUGGGUUCUGCUGAUCGUCUACCUGUCGUUCUUCCGUGCCCGCUACGCCCAGAGCUCCUUCGUCCAGCAGGCUGUUCGCCAGCUGACCGCUCGCGCCGACGCCUCGAUCUCCCACCAGAGCACUCCCCCUCAGGUUCGCCAGGGCUGGGAGGCAUUCAAGGGUGUCGUGCGCCAGGCCUACGAUGCGACCGACAUUGGCCGCUACAUUGCCGGCCCUGCCGCUGCCAACAAGAAGCCCCAGUAA